GCUGAUUUAAGGCACACACAGCUCGCAGGACGGACGAUGAAGAUGUCGUAUGACUCCGCUCACCAGGGCUCUCUGGGCCGAGCCUGGAAUCACAUGUCCUGGUUGUAUUACCAGUACUUACUGGUGACUGCACUCUACAUGCUGGAGCCCUGGGAGAGGACGAUCUUCAAUUCCAUGUUGGUCUCCAUUGUUGGAAUGGCUCUGUAUACAGGAUAUAUAUUUAUGCCUCAACACAUCCUUGCGAUUUUGCACUACUUUGAAAUUGUUCAAUGACAGUGAAGAGCCUUGCUUGGCAAAGGCUUUAAGGACAGAGCGAAAUUAUUGGGGCAUUUCAGGCAUGGAAGAUCCAGAAGAUGGCACCAGUGCUUGAGCCUGCCAAGACGCCAAGGUGAAAUGUGCGGGAUCUCGAGUGGAGUUGCCAUGAUCUCACCCCCAUUGAUGAGGGCAUUUGGAAGCUCUUUUUAAAUUCUCAACCACCAUUCUUCCAACAAGCCUUGGGCUCUGCAACACAUUGUCUUUCUAGCAGGGUUUCUAGCAGUAUUUUUGUUGUGUUUUGUAAUAACAGCAGCUAUUUUUAAUAUUGCACUGUAUAUGUAUUUUAUUUAGUUGCUUAUUUUUAAAGAUGGCAGAAUACAAUUUGUAUAUAGCAAUGCUAGUAAGCUUUGUACACAAUUUCCUCAUGUGACUGAAACACUUCUCACUUGUACAUCUGUUGUUGUAAUAACACAUUUUGAAUGCUGAACACUUUGUCAUUUUGUUUUCCCAACAAGCUAAAAUGCAAAUAGAUGAUGUUUACUCUGCACAGGUGUUUUCAGCAUAAAUAAAUCUUUUGUGACCUAAAA